AUGUCCUGGGAAUAUAACUUAGUGGCUUCUGGUAAGAUUGACAAAGCUGCCAUUUAUUCAAGAGAUGGUGACAAUAUUUUGGCUCAAUCAGACAACUUCUCUCUCGCUGAUCAAGAGAUCAAAUCACUAGUUGCUGGUUUUGAGGACCCGUCGAGUUUCCUAAGUAGUGGUUUACGUUUAGAGGAUCAAACAUAUAGGGUCACUAAGGCUGAUGAUCGUGGUGUUUAUGGUAAAAAUGGUGCAGAAGGUGCUCUUGCAGUAAGAACUAACCAAUCCAUUUUGAUUGCACAUUAUCCAGCUGGUGUUCAAGCACCUGAAGCUAAUACUGUUGUUGAAAAAUUAGCUGAUUUUUUAAUUAUGAAUAAUUAUUAG